UUGCGAGAUACCUUACCUGUUACUACGAGGCUCCGAGAGGUUGCGGAAGUUGUGUUCGCGAUUGCGUCGCCACUGCGGAAGUUGUGCAAUAUGAAAUAAGCAUAAAACGGGGAACGUGAGAAAAGUUCACGGUGCACCAAUAGAUUGUCAAAACGUCUCCAAUAAUCCAAAAUAGCAUUGCCAAUGGAGGACUACUCCGAAAUACCCAGGCGAAGCCACAGGGCUCGAAAGCCUAUUCAAAGGCUUCAGUACAACGAAAAGGUGUCUAACAAGAAGCCUAAGCACAUGCCUGAGGUCCCUGAGAAGAAGCCAAAAAUAUCUGGGAGCAAGGUUACUGAUGAGACACAAAAUGGGGAGCCAACAGGAAAUUCCCGUCCUAAGCUCAAUUAUGAUGGAUGGGUAGCGAAAGAGAAGCAAAGAGGACCUUUGACUUCAGAGUCUGAUGAAGAAUUUGAGCUGAUGUAUUUCACAGAGUCUGAAGAGGAUCAACCGAAAUAAAAUUUUUUAAAAAAGAAAAUGAAAAUUUCUAAUUUUUUCUGACAUUACACGACUGAAGAGGUUUUGGUGGGUGCUUUCGUUGAAAUUUUUUUUGGUCUAGUGUUUCUAAUCUCAAAUGCUCGGGUUUUCAUGAAUAAAGAAACAAAAUUUAUAUAUUUGGGUUUUUAAUGUUUGAAACUAUAACACUGAAUCAAUAUAUCUGAUUAUAAAGGCAAUUUCUCCAAUUUAAAUUUUUUGUAUUGACCGAGAAAAAUAAAUAAUAAUAAGUACACCUACUUUUUAGGGGCUGGAGAGUACUAAUAAGACACUUUGUAAGUUAUAAACAUUGUCCCCUUCCCAAGACAGGUCAACAUCAAUUUUGAUAAAUGAGUUUCAAUAUGCAACAUCAUACGACGAGGAAGUUGGGCUGAUUGAAAAGCAGCAUGGUCGCACCUCAGAUGUCAGGCCUGAAAAAAAUGAAGUAAAUGUCAGUUGAUAGAAAACGUAAGGUACAAAUGACUCAACUGUGCAAGGAAGGUUGUGGUUGGUUGUUAAGGCAGUUCUCAAGACAAGGGUCUUAUAUGUCUUCCAGGUGUCACCUUUUCAAAAUAGGAGCAGCAUUUCACAAAAAUGGGCAGAUAAGUCAGCUCUGAAAAAUUGUGUAAAUGUCAUUCGACAUGCAACAACAAAGGUGAAAAUGACAUACCUGCGGAAGGAGGGUGUUUAUUGGUUAUUCAGGCAGUUCUCAAGAGUCUUUUACUACGUCCAGGUGUCAA